AUUCAAAAUGAAGGGAAGCAAGCCAAAAAAUGGAAGCAUUUUAGGAAUCUAUAAAGGGGUUAUUCUCUGGAAUACUAAAUUAAAGCUGAUUUCCAAAAAUGUGACCACUUUUACAUUUAUACAAAUAUGUGAUUACAAUAAAGUGACAACUAAAUAUAUUCAUGCCACUAUCCCAUUUUCAAGUCACUGUCGCUGUCGGAUGUCACUGCCGCUAUCCUCGUGUCACUGUUGCUGUCAUUGCCCAUGUCAUUUUCGCCGUCAUCGCUCGUGUCACUGCCAUCACCGCCGACGACCACAUUACCACAGUGACACCGUCGUAGUGACACCACCGCAUGCCACAGUGACACAACCACAGUGACGCAGCCGCUAGCACCACCCAAUUACUUCCGCCACACUACUUCGACCACCGCGAAGCCCAACGAACAGCAGCCCCAUGCCCCAGCAUCCCAAACCCAAUAGACCACUGCUCCAAACCCAUUCUACUAGCCCAGGUGCCCAUCGCCCCCACCUGCACCCUCCUCAGCUAGCCUCAGCCCCUCCCCUGUCACAGCCCCAUCACCAGCACACUUCACAGCGGCCACACGCAUCAGAUCCUCACCCCCUGCCCUCUAGCCCCGCCCUGACCUGCCCCCAUCCACCACCCCCAUCUCCUGGUCCGACCAGCCCAGCCCCAAAUCCACCCCUCCCCAUCCUCGAAUUAGCCACCAUCCACCUCGGCUACAGUAAGGUGAAGAAGAAAAAAGUGGGGAUUUGGAGGAGAUGGCAAAGGUUUGCUAGCUACGAUGAAGAAAUUCACGGCGAUGAGGAUUGGCUGCGACGAAGACAACUACGGCGAUGUGAGUUGGAUGCGAUGAAGACAGCGGCGGCGAUGGCUGGCAGGGACGAAGACAGCGGUGGCGAGGGUUGGAUGGGACGAAGACGGCUGCGGUGGCGUGCGUGCGGUGGCUGUGAGGAAGUCGGCAUUGGUCUGUCUCCUUUAAUUCAAUUGUUGGCAGAUCUGCUUCGUUCCAAGAGGGAGAGGGGGGUUUGUCCGUUGAGAGAAAAGUUGAAUUUUAAUCGUAUAUUUGGAAAUAUUAAAAAGAGUCAUAUUUUUGUUUUAUAGAAGUGUGGGAGUAAUAUUUUUGCCAUUCUUUCAUCUAUAAAUUAUUAGAGAAAGAAAAAAUAAAAUAAAUUACUUUAAUGGUUGGAUUUCAAAUUUUCAACUUGAGUUUUUGGACAGUCUUCUCGUUCGCAUAGGGUUGUAGGAGUUCCGCCGUUGCAUGUGUGCGGUAAGCUUGGGAAGUGCGGCUAAUUUGCGGACGAAUCAAGGGGAUGCAGUCGUUGAGUGAGUCCAGCAGAAUAAAGAUGGCCAUGAAGGACUUGGUGCAAACAUGGCAAGGUUUGGUUCUUGAAGAGGAGAAGGAGGGGAUUGUUAUGGAUCUUAAAGAGGAUUCGGGUGAAGCAGCCAACAAAGGGCUAGGGUUUGCGGUUGUUGGACGGUUGGUUAUUCAUAAAUCCGUCAAAUUUCCCUAUUUCAGAGACCUGCCGGUGACGUGACGGAAGGCGGCCGGACCAGGACCAGAGGCGGCCGCCUAUUUGGCCGCCUACCAGAUUUUUUGUGCUAUAAAUACCCCGAUUUUUGGUGAACUCAAACACACCUCUUUCAACCCUAAUUCAGUUCAAAAAGGUCCUGUUCUUCAGCUAUUUCCGCAGCUCCAAGGAUUUUUGGGAGAGAGAAACUUCAAAUCUUCAUAUCUUCUUCAUUUUAGCUACAAAUUGUAAGUUCUUUAUAUGUAUUUUCAUCUUCUCAACGAGUAGAAUCUGAAUCUGUGCUUUGUUUUCUCGAUCUGUUCUUCGAAUAUUUCCAGAAUAUUUAUCUAGUAUUUCGCAUUUUCUUCCAUAAAUUAAAUAAAAUAGUUGUUGAUGUUGAA